GAACUUUGCUUCAUGAUACAUAAUGCACAAGCGGACUUUUGUAGACUGCAGAGACGAAAACCGAACAAUUCAGUCUAUAUAGUCGAGAGCCUUUUUUCGUUUCCCUUUCCCGAUCGGGAACUCAGUGUACGGCAAACGCAAAUUACAGCAGAAUCGGUUCUCAGCUAAUUGCGCGUGGAAUUAGGGUAAGAGUUCGCCGCGGAGAGGUGAAACAAUGUUUUUCAGCGGUGAUCCUUCGUCGCGGAAGCGAGUCGAUUUAGGCGGCCGAAGCUCCAAGGAACGCGACCGACAGAAGCUUCUGGAGCAGGCUCGGCAGGAGCGUAAUCGCCGGCAGUACUUGCGUCAGCAGAACUCGGCUGCCAUCAAAAUUCAGAAAUGCUUCAGAGGAAGAAAGGCAGUUAAAGCUGAACAGUCCAGAGUGCGUGAAUCAUUUUUCAAUACUUAUGGGGACCACUGCCAACAUGUUGAGAGGCAGUCCUUUGGUCCAGAUUCAGACUUUCUUCGCCAGCUGCUUUUCUUCUUUAAUCCUACAGAUGCUGCUGAUUUUUCUGUCAUUGUGAAAGCAUGCUGUUUGUUAAAAGAACUUGUUCAACAUACUGGGGAUAUUGUUAGCAUCUUUGCUGGAAUGGAAUAUGAUUCCAACCGUGCAUUAGUGGACCACAGGGUCAAGAAACUUGCUUAUACUUGUAUCCAGGCUCUUUAUGCAAACAGGAAUGAGUUGAAGGACCAGCUUUUUGUGGCAUCUGAAAUCAGUCAGACACCAACUAUCCUCUUGUUGGACACUGUCGCUUUGUUGAUUGAUCUAAGGCUUCCAUGGGCCUGCAACACAGUCACUUAUCUUCUUGAAAGAAAUAUAUAUUCUUUAUUUAGAGAACUUAUUCUGAUGGGGAAGGAAAGGGCUUUUCCUGUUUCCAAUGGGGUGGAUUCCUCUUUGGAGCGUAUAAUUGCUGUUAUUAUGUCUCACGUGGGCCAACAAUCUUGUAGUUGUCCUAUCCUUGACCCACAAGCAAGUUUCCCUUCUCAGAUUCUUACAAUACCUUUUUUGUGGCGUUUCUUCCCACACCUAAAAGAGAUUUUUGCAACACCAGCUCUGAGUCAACAUUAUAUCCAUCAGAUGGCAUUAUGUGUCAAAGAUAAUAGUAGUGUUCUACCUCCUGAUACAGCAAUUGAUUUACCUGGCUAUGGAUGCCUUUUGGGGAACCUAUUGGAUGUUGGUAGCCUUGCUUUUACCCAGCAAGACUCAUUUGAUAUGGCUAUUGAUUUUGCAACUGUUGCUGCAUUUUUGUUGGAAGCUCUCCCAUCUCUCAGAAAAUCAAGCAUGGGAAGUACAGGAAUUUUCUCAGUGGCUGAUGAUGAAAUGAGUAUUGGAGAUGAAGAAAGUGAUGAGGUUCUAAAUAUGGACUUGGAACAACAAAUAUCCAAAGCAAUUGAUCCAAGUUUUCUUCUACAGUUGACAAAUGUUUUGUUUGGGAGGUCUACACCCACCAAUGGUGUACAAAGUGGCCAGCCUAAUGAGAAAGAUGUGGCAGCUGUUGGUGCAGCUUGUGCUUUCCUGCACGUGACUUUCAAUUUAUUAGACCCUGAUAGAAUUAUGACUGUACUUGCUUAUCGGACAGAACUAGUUCCUGCACUUUGGAACUUCAUGAAGCAAUGCCACGAGAAUCAGAAAUGGUCAUUGCUGUCAGAGCAGUCAACCUAUUUGCCAGUAGAUGCACCUGGUUGGCUAUUGCCAUUGGCUGUUUUCUGUCCUGUUUACAAGCAUAUGCUUAUGAUAAUUGAUAAUGAGGAGUUCUAUGAACAGGAGAAGCCAUUAUCUCUGAAGGAUAUCAAAAGUCUGAUUAUUAUCCUAAGACAGGCCUUGUGGCAAAUUCUAUGGCUGAAUCCUUUGCCUCCAACUAAUUUCAACAAAUAUACUACCGAUAGAUUUACUACGAAGAGGCAUCAUGUGGACUUUCUUCAGCACAAGGUUUGUGUUGUGGCCUCUGAGCUCCUCUCAAAGUUGCAAGAUUGGAAUAAUAGAAGGCAAUUUACAUCUCCUACUGACUUCCAUGCUGAUGGUGUCAAUGAGCACUUCAUCUCUAUGGCAAUGAUAGAAAAUACUAGAGCUAAUGAUAUACUAAAACAAGCUCCCUUCUUGGUGCCAUUUACCAGCAGAGCUAAAAUUUUUACCUCAAAGCUUGCUUCUUCCAGAGAAAGGAAUGGGAAUCAUGCUGUUUUUGCAAGGCAUAGACUCAGAAUAAGAAGAGACCAUAUUCUGGAAGAUGCUUUUAAUCAGUUGAAUGCAUUAUCUGAGGAUGAUCUCCGUGGACUGAUUCGUGUUACCUUUAUCAAUGAAUUUGGAGUUGAAGAGGCUGGUAUAGAUGGUGGUGGGAUUUUCAAAGACUUUAUGGAGAAUAUUACUCGUUCAGCAUUUGAUGUACAAUAUGGAUUAUUUAAGGAAACGGCUGAUCACCUACUAUAUCCGAAUCCCGGAUCAGGGCUGAUUCAUGAACAACAUCUCCAAUACUUCAAUUUUCUUGGGACUGUUCUUGCAAAGGCAAUGUUUGAAGGGAUUCUUGUUGACAUACCAUUUGCAACAUUCUUCCUGAGCAAAUUGAAACAAAAGCAUAACUAUUUGAAUGAUUUACCUUCAUUGGACCCGGAGCUCUACCGCCAUCUAAUUUUUCUGAAGCAUUACAACGGUAACUUAUCAGACUUGGAGCUGUACUUUGUUGUGGUUAACAAUGAAUAUGGGGAGCAAAGAGAGGAGGAGCUGCUUACUGGUGGAAGAACCAUGCGAGUUACUAAUGAAAAUGUCAUUACCUUUAUUCAUCUUGUAGCGAACCAUCGUUUGAACGCUCAGAUACGUGAACAAAGUUCUCAUUUUUUGAGGGGCUUCCAAGUCUUAAUACAAAAGGAGUGGAUAGACAUGUUUAAUGAGCAUGAACUUCAGCUUCUAAUAUCUGGGUCAGUUGAUGGCAUUGAUGUUGAUAAUCUUCGAGCUCAUACCAAUUAUACUGGUGGCUAUCAUAAGGAUCACUAUGUCAUUGAGAUGUUUUGGGAGGUUGUCAAAAACUUUUCUUUGGGAAACCAGCGAAAAUUUUUGAAAUUUGUAACAGGGUGCUCUCGGGGACCAUUGCUUGGAUUUAAAUACUUGGAACCUUCAUUCUGCAUACAGAGAGCUGCGGGGAACACGCCUGAUGAAGCUCUUGAUCGUUUGCCAACGUCAGCAACUUGCAUGAAUCUCUUAAAGCUGCCACCAUAUAGAAGCAAAGAACAAAUGGAGCAAAAACUGCUAUACGCAAUAAAUGCUGACGCGGGUUUUGAUUUGAGCUGAUUGAGUUGUAGCAUCUCCUUUCUAUUGCAUUAUCCCCAUUGCGUGGAAGUGAUUCGGGCGUUAAGUUCUUUUGACUGCCAUCAGAAUUGGGAAGGCCUUCAGGACUUGCUCCCAAGCAAAUGUAAAUAAGAUAAGAAUCGGUCACCUGCCUGCUUGAGUGGACAUCUACACAGGCCAAGCAGGCCAGCAAUCUGCAGUGUAAAAUAUCCGUUCCAUUACUCAAAUACGAGGCCACUGCACAAAAUGGUCUCAAAUUGUAUUAAUUUUAUUAUGGGCAGUGAUUUAGUAUUUCAGUUCUCCAUAGUUCACAGGAAGUUAGAUGCUGAUGAUCAUCUGACUAAUAUAUGUAUUUUAUUCUGAAAAAUUUAGAUUGUUCU